UGUUCUUCUUGUCUCAGCCACCUUGAACCGAGGAUGGCGCUCCAAGCCGCUUGACUAGUAAGCCAAUCAAGAAUCUGUCCUCAGACAUCUGUCAGAGCGGGCGCUGGUACUAAGGCUCCUGAGUCCAAGACAACAACUGUCUUCCUUUCUUUAUUUCCGCGGCUACGACCCUGUACUCUGCUUCUGGCCAAGUCCCGUCCUAUCUGCGAACGCUUCACGCAUGAUGACCUCGGGAGCCCGGCAUGGAAGUGACGGGUCAAGAGAUCUCCAAGAAACGUCGUUCCGCAAAGGCAUGCCUUUCGUGCCGGCAGAGAAAGGUCCGCUGUGACUUCACACUGUGCGGUCCGCCAUGCACCAAUUGCCGCCUGGAUAAAGUGGCUUGCGAGCUGGGACCCAACAAGCGUAGAAGGACCGAGCAGAUCGUUCCUGGCAACGAGACUACGGACGAAGCUGCAGCGUUGGUGGCCGAGCACCCCUUGCAACCGUCGCAAGUGUCGAGGAGCCCCAACUAUGUGAGUGUCGAAGAGCUACAGCAUGCCACGCCCGGGGACCCGGUUCGAUUCUCUCUACCUCCGGAGCAGCCUUCUGCGAGGCCUCAAGGUGCUGUCGACCAGCCUCAGGCUGCGAGCGAAGUCUUUGCUCAGCACGUGGAUCUGUUGCCCGCCGUGACGGUUGAAUUCCCUGCAAGUCCCUCAGAGCCCCCAAGCUCGGAUUCAGCCGCUCCAUUCAGCAACGACGCACCGGCGCAGCCUCUCAAUCUGAAGCCUCUGUCAGCAGCGCUGGGGAAGGUCGACAUCGACUUCCUGUCCCACAAGGGAGCUCUAACCCUGCCAUCAACGGCAUUCCGCAAUGUUUGCUUGUCGCGUUAUAUAGAGUUCGUGCACACGGUUUUGCCAGUGCUGGACCUGGACGAGUUCAUGCGGAGCUUGGUGGGCCCCCCUAGCGGAACGGGCCAAGGAGCAAGCUUGUUGCUGCUUACUGCGGUUAUUUUCGCGGCAAUUUGCUUUGUUGAGAUUGAGCAUGUAAGAGCUGCUGGCUAUUCUUCGAAGCUAGCCGCGCGUGCAGCUCUACAAGAGAAGGCCGAGUUACUCUUCGACCUCCGCGCAGAGGACGACAAGACUGUGCUGAUCCAGUCUGCGUUGCUUAUUAGCACACCCCGUGGUAAUGUGCGAGACUUCAAGGAUUCGUGGUAUUGGAAUGGUGUGGCAAUUACGCUCGCCCAGUCGCUCGGAUUGCACUACGAUCUCUCUGGCGAGCAGGGUAGCAGUCGUGAACUGAAGCUGAAGAGACGUCUGUGGUGGUGCUGCUACAUGCGAGAACAUGUGGUGGCAAUGGGUCUGGGCAAACCUUGUCGCAUAUCCCAACCCCAGGUGCCUAUGAUCGGCGUCGCCGACUGCGAUCUUCCUUUAAUCUCAUCUUCCGCUCCUUACGCACAUUUACUCCCCAGAGAUUUUCACAGCUCUACAAAGUUAAUGCUUUUGUCGACGCUGCUAGUGGAAAAGGCGAGGCUUUGCGUUUGCAUUCACCGGAUUGUUUCUACAGUUUAUGGAGGAAGCAGCUCGCAUUCCUCCGGAGAGUGGAUUGGGGCGCCAGACUCACAGUCCCCGAAAAGCUUCAGGGACACGGACCAAUGCACACGCGAUCUCGAUCUAUGGAUGUCGAUGCUUCCACAUGAGGUUGCAUCAAAAGUCUUAAGGUCCCAGGAUCAGGAUCGCAGCCUGGUCAUCUCGAAGGUGACUCUCCAAACAAUCUACUAUACUGCCAUCAUUGCCGUGCAUCGUCCGCAAGCAUUUGGGCCAGAAAACUCCGGAACAGUGUCGAGAGACCAUUUUUUGUCUCGUGCUAGAUCAAUCGUGCGAUGGGCAGCUCACGAAAUCUCCCGAGCAUUUGCAAAUAUCCGCGACCAGGGCUUGCUAGACUACUUGGAUGCUACAGCCGUAGCAAACCUCAUUGCUGCCAUUGUGGUGCAUCUCCAGGAUUGCAGUGUCUCCGACAAUAGGAUACGCAGACGUGCGCUGCAUGAUUUGCGGCAUUGCAUAGCUUGUCUUCGACAUCUUCAACAUACCUAUGCUAGCGCCGGGCACGCUUUGAAGCAUCUUCAACCAGCUGCACGCUCGGCCGAGCUGGCAGUGAGCGAGCUUGACUCCUGCGAGAACGUCGACAACAGCCUGCAGCCGAACCUGGCACAGACAAGCAAUGUCAGCUAUCGAGACUUUACCGAGCACGUCUCAGAGCUAUCAUCGUCCCGAGGUGCUUCGCAGAGUCGAGAAGUGCGUGCAAGCAACCCCUUUGCUGACCUGUACACCCAAGCUCUGGGGAACGAAUGGCCAGCUGUACUGUAUACCUGAUGCGAGUAGUAGCGGUGUAUUGGUUGGGCGCUGAUUGAGCAAUUGUGCUCGGUGAAUAGGCUUCCUUACCCGACGCUGUUUGGUGACAUCCAAUUAUGACGAAAGUGAACAUAUUCCAGCUUCAAUACACUGUCAACCGGAUGACAACAGGAACCAAGACCUCUUCCGACAAGCCAGUUUCUCGAAGCUCAUCGAACAUAUGAUUGCUACAAGUUCAUGUUGAGAUAUCUCAGCAGAUCAAAGGUCCAUUAUCAAAAAAGUCGUUAAACGCCAUGUCAAACUGUGGAUAAGACAUUGGGGUGUCCAUCCAUGGUUCGUACAGCUGACUCAAUGAGCCUGAAGCGUCAGUUGUAUCAUAGUCAUCACGCCAUACCUGAUCCGUAUCAAGCGACAACAGGAAAGGAUCCAUCUCAAAAUCAUUUCUCACUGUAGUGUCAGACGCAUCAUCGGGUUGACGAACUGUGGUCGGACCUUUUUGGGGUAGAGCUGUGGAAGAUACAGCGUUGCUUGAUCUAUCACCGGCGCGUUCAUGGGAGAUAUAGGAAGGCGUGUUGCUGUCACCCGAACACGAGAGCCUUCGUAACAACCUCCUUGUGAGUUUCGUAACACCCCUGGCACUCGUCCAGAUGUGGCUCAAGGCACACAAAGUCUUGUAACAACGCUUGAGGUCCCCAUAAGCUGAUGCAUAAUCUCGUUUACCGUCACGGAGGGCCCGGUAUAUCACGGCAGUCGCCAUUGAUAUCGCAUAAGGCACCAGAGGCAGUGGUGGGAUACGUUCGUAGCCCUCUGAAAUAAUCUGCAGAGUUCGACAUGCUGAAUCGAGGCGCCGUUCGUACUGAAAACUUUCAGGCCCACUGUAUCUGCACGAUAGCAUAGCGGCCACAUGGUACCAAAUUUCCAG